AUGUUAUGGAAGCUUCCCCAAGAUCUUCUAUCUUGGUUGAUCUUGUCAAAAACUUCAAAUUGGAUAUUGAAGUUUCUACUGAAACCCAAAUCCGAUGCUUUCUUGAAGAAAUUCCCAUUGGGUAAGACUCCAGCUUUUGUUGGUCCAAAAGGUUUCAAAUUGACUGAAAGCAUUGCUAUUGCUAUUUACCUUUUGUCUUUGGCUCCAGAACAAAAAUUGUUGGGUAAAAACAACCAAGAAAACGCUAGUAUUAUCAAAUACCUUUCUUUGGUUAACCAAGAAGGUGUUAACUCUUGGUGUGGUGCUUUCUUUAGAUUGAACGGUAGAUUCACCUACAACAAGAAAGAAGUUGAUGAAAACUUGAAGACCUUGAACACUAUUGGUCAAUUGUUUGAAGACAGAUUAACUGACUUCACUUACUUGGUUGGUGAAAGAAUUUCUUAUGCUGAUUUGUUUGCUGUUAAGGUUUUCGCUGCUGCUAUUGGUACUUUGUUGGGUCAACCAUUCUUGGCUAAAUACCCAAACUUUGCUAGAUGGUUCAAGACUGUUUCCAACAAUGCUUUCUUCCAAGGUCAAUUCAAAGAUUUCCAAGCUCCAAAGGAACAAUUGGCUUUUGUCCCACCAAAGAAGGAAAAGAAGGAACAACCAAAGAAAGCUGACCAACCAAAGAAAAAGGAAGCUGCUGCUCCAGCUCCAGCUGAUGAACCAGCUCAAGCUCCAAAACCAAAACAUCCAUUAGAAGCUUUGGGUAAACCAAAGGCUCCAUUGGAUGAAUGGAAGAGAGUUUACUCUAAUGAAGAAACUAGAGAAACCGCUAUUCCAUGGUUCUGGGAAAACCAAUACAACCCAGAAGAAUGGUCCUUGUGGAAAGUUGAUUACAAAUACAAUGACGAAUUGACCUUGACUUUUAUGUCUAACAACUUGGUUGGUGGUUUCUUCAACAGAUUGUCUGCUUCUACCAAAUACAUGUUUGGUUGUAUGGUUGUCUAUGGUGAAAACAACAACAAUGGUAUCACUGGUGCUUUCUUAGUCAGAGGUCAAGACUAUGCUCCAGCUUUUGAUGUUGCUCCAGAUUGGGAAUCUUACGCUUUCACCAAAUUGGAUGCUUCUAAAGAAGAAGACAAGAAAUUCAUCAACAACAUGUUUGCUUGGGAUGAACCAGUUGAAGUUAACGGUGAAAAGAGAGAAAUUGCUGACGGUAAAGUUUUCAAAUAG